AUGUUUUGUGUUGUUGGCGGUGGGCCAGCUGGUCUUGCCUCAGCGAUUCGUCUUAAACAAUUAGCUCCAGAAUUGUCUGUUGCGGUUCUUGAAAAAAGUUCAGAGAUUGGAGGACACAUUGUAUCUGGAAAUAUAUUCGAUACAAGAGCUUUAGAUGAAUUGUUACCCGAAUGGAGAAAUCAGUUUGGAAAAACAACUCCUGAUCAAAUUUCUGCACCAUUUCCGUUUCGUGCACCAAAAUUGCGGAAUAAUCUUGGUGUUGUAACAAUCCCAGGAGCAUCUGCUGCGCGGGUUCUUCUCGAUGAAGGCAAUCAAGUUCGAGGUGUUCGAUUAAGGGAUGAAGGAAUCAAUAAACAAGGAUUAAAAUCUCAGCGCUAUGAACGAGGAAUGAGAGUAUUGAGCAAGCAACUCAUUCUUGCUGAAGGUUGUAGAGGAUCAUUAUCUGAAUUCAUCAAACAACAUUUUAAUUUGGUUCAGAAUUCUUGUCCUCAACGAUACGCUUUGGGACUAAAAGAAGUUUGGGAAAUCAAUCCAUCACUUCAUUCCCCUGGAGCAGCGAUUCAUACUGUUGGAUGGCCUUUGAAUUACAAUACAUUCGGGGGUGGAUUUCUAUAUCAUCAUUUUUCUGUUGAUAACAAGCCCCUUCUUCAUGUUGGAUUUGUUGUUGGUCUUGAUUAUAAAAAUCCUUGGAUCAAGUGA